ACUCGUGACUUGCGUGCUUUUCCUAGAAAUUCAAACAAUUGAACGAUCUCAACUUCAGACAGAUUCCACGAAGAAACUAUAUAACAUUUGUCUCUGGGGAAGUUUUUCAUAACAGUUGACUAUUGUACCUAUGUCCAAACAUCAAGAGAAAGAGGCUCAAGUUGUUUCCAGAAAAGACUUGUUCCGUAACGAUGAAUUCGACGAAGAGAUUGAUGAAGCUGAAACCGAAAAAAUGGAUGCUUUAAUGCAGCAAUUGAUGGGCUUUGUUCAAGACGACAAUAAUGAAGAAGGUACAAAGAAACUUUAUAAAGCCUAAUUGCUUCGGAUGCUGGAAUGACUUCUUUUGUAUUUCAUGCCAUAAAAAAAGAUAGCUCAGAAGGAGAGGCUGCGGAGAAAUCACCAGAAGAAGGCCUUACAUUUCGUCUAUUCGCCAGUCAGCCAAUAACGAAUGUUUCUAUAGAAGCUGAAACGGAUAAUACAGAUAACUUAGCAAAGUUAGUAGCUGAACAGCAAGUUUAUGAAUUCGACGAAACAGAUCCUAUAUUCAAAGAGCAGGUGCAACAAGCAGCGGUGGAUUACGAUACUAUUAUUCGGCAAUCAGCAGUACCGUAUCCGGCCAUGAAGUAUCUCAAUAAAAUCAUGCAUAUCUCACCGGAAGGAAUAGUGUUGAGCAAGGUGAACCAAGCAGAAAAAGACAAAAAGAGGAAGCGAAAAAGCAAGAAGUGUCGAGCAUUUGAAAAAGCUGUCAAAGAAGGAAAGAUCAAAGUAGCGCCAAAGAUGAGAAAUCCAUCAACACCCAAUGGUUGGCCAGGAUGGCCUGGAAUCAAGACCAAAGUUGAUAUCAUCAAUUAUCAAAUGCCAAAAUCAGGAGGUUAUAGACAGAAAAAACCUGAUUCUCGUGGUCUAUAUGAUAAACCAUUCAAUAAGAAACCAUUUCAUACAAAGCACACAUUAAAAAGUAGCAAUAAACGACAAUAAAAAUGAAUUUCGUUCGAGUGUAAAAGUGCUUCUGAUUUUUUUGCUGCUGUCAAAUGGUAGUCACGGCAUUUCUGUUUGGGGCAGAUUCAACGAACUAUAAAUAAAACUUUCACUGAGGCAGUGGUGAAUCCUUCCCUUUUUAACAACUCCUAGUAUAUAAGCAAUGGGUAAGGAAAAGACUCACGUUAACGUCGUCGUUAUUGGUCACGUCGAUUCUGUAAGUUAAUUAACAAAUGUAAUCGCUUCGAUGAAAUUCAUGCUAAUUCG